GCUGAGUUGAUACAUUGUCAACUCAUUCAUGCUUUCACAUAUAUGUGGGUAGCUCUAUACUCGAAGAAAAUACAUUUACAUAAAAGACUAUCAUCAAGAUGAUCUGUUUCCCUCGCCAUUUAGGAGUAAUGAAGCUCUGUUUUUGCUGCAUGGCUUUCAUCAGCAUAUUGGGAGUUCAGGGCAGUGAGUGGUCCGCGAGCAUUCCUGCCUCUGUUUCUGGUCUGUCAGGUCUGUGCAUUUACAUCCCAUGCAACUUCUCCUAUCCUGGGCCGAGACAACCAGCUGGCAAACUCACAGGGAUCUGGUUCCAGGGCAGUACAAAUUUUCAGAUAUACAACAGCAUGAAUUCGGAGGUGGUAAACGCUCUGUAUCUGAACAGAACCAGACUCGUUGGCUCUUUGGCCAGAAAUGAGUGCUCCCUGAAAAUAGGCCCACUGAGGUCUUCGGACGCCAAGAUCUACACGUUUCGAAUUGAGAUACCGGACCUAGACAAAUAUUCAUACUUGCAACAAUCCACAACAGUCAGCAUUAUCGAUGCUCCUUCAGCUCCCUCCAUGCAGUGUCCUGGCAUCCUGGCUGAAGGCAUUGCUGUCUCGCUUGUGUGUGCGGUAGUGCACUCCUGUCCUGAGGCAGCACCUGCCCUGCACUGGAGCUCCAUCCGGGCUGAGCAGACGAUUGCUCAGCCGCAGAGCCGACGCCUGCUCCAAAAUGGCUGGGAGGAGAGAGUUGUGCUCAAUCUGCUGCCCUCUUCUGGAAGCCAUGGGGAAGUGCUGCGCUGCUCUGCUGUGUUUCCCAGCGGUCUGAGUCAGUUUGGGCCCGAGUGCAGGCUGGUGGUCGACUAUGCUCCCAAAAAUGUGACAGUAAAUGUGUCAUCCCCACUGGACUCAGUCUUAGAAGGGAACACUGUGAUUCUGUCCUGCCAGGCAGACAGUCACCCAGCACCGCACACAUUCUCCUGGUUCCAGUGGGCUGCAGGUAGGGAACAACUUUUGACAGCCCAGAGGGGGCACGAGCUCUACAUAAACAAGAUAAUUAGGGAGCCCGGCCAGUACUGGUGCCAAGCGGAAAACACUAUGGGCAUUGCUCACUCUCAACCCCUCCUCCUGGAUGUGCUAUACCAGCCUGAGAUCAUGAAUGAGAGCUGCUGCUCAGUUAUCUCUGAGCAGGAGCUGGAGCUGAACUGUGUAUGCAUUGCCCAUGGCAAUCCAAAACCCUCUAUCAAUUGGACUUUCAUGCAUUCACAUGAGCCAAUAAAUGGUCAAGUGGACUCGUCUCAGUCAGGAGGCCAUAAAGCUGUAGUAAGCCUCAAUACUUCAGUACUGUGGAACAGCACAGCAAAAGAGCUAGUCAUACUGUGCAUGGCUGAAAAUAGCUUGUCAUCCACCACUAAAGCCUUCACACUGACUCUCAACACCACAUUGAAUGCAUUUGUCCUAUCUGAUACUGGCCCCACCUUGGGACUGUGGGGUCCCAUGAUGGGUCUGACUGCAAUAACCAUGCUCCUCCCACAGUGGCAUUGUGGGCUGCUCAUUGAAAGCCCGUAUCUGCUCAUUGAAAGUCUAAGUAGUGCAUGUAAGUUGAGCCUCCGUUUAUGUGAUUUGUAAGUCUGUAUGUCAGUUUAGCCGCCGUUUGCUAUUUUUAGUUGUUCAUGUUUCCUAGCCGUCGUUUAGCCUGGCCUCUGUUUAAUAUCCUAGCCCUUAUUUUUGUGUUAUGUAUUCUUAAACUCUCCGUGUUGGUAACUUGACCCUGGACUACCCUAACGACUCUGAAUUUUGAUUUGCCCUUGAUAAAUUUUGCUCUUCUCUGCAAAUGCGUCCGCCUCCUUACCACUCACUGUUACAGAAAUGUAAUCUGGUUUUGCUGAGAUAAUAAAAGACAAUUUAUCUUUACUAAAGUCAUCUCUGUAC